AUGGGUGACGUCCUGUCCCUCGCGGACGGCCAGGCGCGGCACAGCGUGGAGGAGUUCUACGCCGGGUCGCUGUGGAAAGUCUCCGUCCAAGCCUUCUCGGACGAGGACCCGAAGGGUCGAAAGACGCUCGGCCUGUUUCUGCAUCGACGGCCGGCGAGAGACCCGCUCAUUCCGCACUCGCCCGCGUCGUUCAACCUGAGCGCGGUGGACUCCGCGCUGACGCACGCGACGGCGACGACGGGCGGCGGCGGCGGCGGCGGCUCCCGGUCGCAGCCGCACGCGCAGAGCGUCGCCGGCGAGCCGUCGUCGUCGCCGUCGUCGUCGGACGUGAACCACGCGCGGCUGCAGGUGUCCGGGUACUGCGACGCGAGAGAGACGGUGAGCGUUCGGUACGAACUGCUGUGCCCCUCCAAGUCGGAGAUCGUCCGACUCGGAAGCUUGGCCCCGAGCACGAAGGCGACGACGCUGCCGCGCGCGCCGAAGGGCUGGGGAUGGAGGACCGCGAUGCUAUGCGACGAUCUGAGCGCGAUGAGCACCGCGGAGGGGGGGUUACGCGUCGGCGCGGUGAUUCAACUCGCGGACGCCGCCGCCGAGGAGGACGGCGCGCUCGAGGUGAAACUCCUGUGA